UCUCAGAUGGCAGAGAUAGAUCUAACACAGCCCUUCUAUUCUUAUCCAAUAGAAAAAGUUGUUUCUUCUGUAAAAACAGAUCUAACAAAGUAAAAUUUGGAUCAAAUUUUAGGGGAUUAUCUAAGGGUGAAGCCGAGGCAAGACUAGCUAAAUAUGGAACAAAUGAGUUAGAAAAGGAAGAGAAAGAGAGUAUUUGGGAGAAAAUCAAGGAAUAAUUCGAAGAUAAUUUAGUAAGAAUAUUGCUUCUUGCUGCAGUGAUAUCAUUCGUGAUUUCUCAAUUUGAGGAUCAUGAAGAAGUGCAUGCAGUGCCUCCUUGGGUCGAGCCAUGUGUCAUCUUCACAAUUUUGAUUUUGAAUGCAGCUGUAGGAAUAUGGCAGGAUCUAGAUGCAGAGAGAGCAAUAGAAGUAUAGAAUAUACAAUAUAUUUUUAGGCAUUGAAAGACUUAUAAUCUCCACAUGCUAUGGUUCUUAGAGAUUCAUAAUGGGGAUAGAUUGAAGCUAAAGAUUUAGUGAUAGGAGAUAUUGUUGAAAUAAAAUAAGGAGAUAGAAUUCCUGCUGAUUUAAGAAUGGUAGAGUUGAAAACAAUAACAUUGAAAACAGAUUAGGUAUUUCUUUGAUUAUUAUUGUUAAGUCAAUUCUAACAGGAGAGGUUAACCCAGUUAAUAAGACAACUGAAGCUGUUGUAAAAGACAAAGCAGCUGUUCAAGAUAAAAUUAACUUUUUGUUUUCUGGAACUCUAGUAUCUAAUGGAACUGCCAUAGGAAUAGUUUGUUGUACAGGGAUGAAGACAGAAAUUGGAAAGAUCUAGAAGGAAGUUUAAGAUGCAGCAAAAGAGAAAUAAGAAGAUGAUGAUCCAUUAUCAAAAAGAUUGGAUGAAUUUGGGGAUAAAUUGGCUAAAGUGGUGACUUAUAUUUGCAUAGGCUGUUGGCUUAUGAAUAUAAGUAAUUUUUCAGAUCCUGCCCAUGGUGGAACUGUUAUGGGAGCAUUAUAUUAUUUUAAAGUUGCUGUUGCAUUAGCUGUGGCUGCUAUUCCAGAGGGUUUACCAGCAGUUAUCACUACUUGUUUGGCUCUUGGAGCUCGAAGGAUGGCUAAAUAAAGAGCCAUUGUUAGAAAAUUACCAAAAGUCUAAACUUUGGGAUGCACAACAAUUAUUUGCUCAGACAAAACUGGUACAUUAACAACCAAUGAAAUGUGUGUUAAAGAAAUUGUGUUGUUGACAGGAAAAGAAGCAUCAACUAUUGAAGUAUUUCCAGUUGAAGGUACUUCCUAUCAUCCUGAAGGUAAAAUUGAAAAAUUAGAAUCUACUUUGGUUAAAGGAAAUGGAUUAGCUGCAAAUCUUAAAAGAUUAGCAUAAUCUAUGGCCUUAUGCAAUGAAUCAAAAUUAUACUCAGAUAAAGGAAGAGUAUAAAGAAGUGGAUUACCAACUGAAGCUGCUUUAAGAGUUUUAGUUGAAAAAAUUGGAAAAUAUGAUAAAAAUUUCAAGUCAAAACCUAUUUUGGAUGCCCCAGAAUAAUAUAACGAAGCAAUUUCUGCUGAAUUUACCAAAAGAGCUACUCUAGAGUUCACUAGAGACAGAAAGAGUAUGUCUGUUUUGGUUAAUUCUUAGAAUGAGAAAGGAAAUAUCUUAUUCAUUAAAGGAGCUCCUGAUUAUUUACUUGAAAAGUCAAAUUAAAUUAUGAAUGCUGAUGGAGAAGUUGUUUAAUUUAAAGCAUAAGACAAAGCAUAAUUCUUAAACAUUGUAAAGAACCUGGCAGAGAAGGGAUUGAGAACAUUAGCAAUUUGUGUAUAAGAAGAAUGCGGAUAAUUGAGCUCUUAUGAUGGACCUAAGCAUCCUGCACAUCCAUUACUAAUAGAUACUAAUACAUAUAAAGAUAUUGAAAAUAAGCCUAUAAUUAUUGGUGUUGUUGCUCUGUAGGAUCCCCCAAGACCAGAAGUAAAAAGAUCUAUUGAAAAAUGCAGAGAGGCUGGCAUCUCAGUUAUCAUGAUUACUGGAGAUAUUAAAGAGACAGCCUAAUCCAUCGCUAUGUAAAUUGGUAUCUUACAUAAUUAAUCUCAAUUUGCUACACAUUCAUUUACUGGACUUGAAUUUAGUUAGAUGGGAGAAGAAAAAUAAAAGAAAGUUUUAUCUUAAGUCAUUGGAAAACCAAGUGGAUUGGUAUUCUCAAGAACUGAUCCAUCUCACAAAAGAGAAUUAGUAAAAUUAUUGACUGGUCAACUAAAUCAAAUCGCUGCAAUGACAGGAGAUGGUGUUAAUGAUGCCCCAGCCUUAAAGUAAGCUAGUAUUGGUAUUGCUAUGGGUAUUGCUGGUACUGAAGUUGCAAAAGAAGCCUCAGAUAUGAUUUUAGCCGAUGAUAAUUUCGCUACAAUUGUAAGAGCUGUGGAAGAGGGAAGAGCUAUUUACUAAAACAUGAAGGGAUUCAUUAGAUAUAUGAUUUCUUCAAACAUUGGAGAAGUUGUCUCAAUUUUCACAUCAUCAUUAUUGGGAAUACCUGAUGGCUUUAAUUCAAUUCAAUUAUUAUGGGUCAAUUUAGUUACUGAUGGAUUGCCUGCCACAGCCUUAUCCUUCAAUCCACCCGAUCCUGAUGUGAUGUAGAAACCACCAAGAAAACAUGAUGAACCUAUUAUCACCGAAUUUGUAUUUAUUAGAUACUGUGUCAUUGGAACUUAUGUUGGCUUAGCUACAGUCUUUGUAUUUGUCUAUUACUAUUUGGGAUAUGAAUGGGCUGGAGAUGGUCACCCAGUGGUUACUUUCACUUAACUGAGAAAUUGGGGAGAAUGCCAUUAUUGGGAAGGAUUCAAAGUAGCCAAUUUUGAUAAGUAUGACUUUUCAAAGGAUCCAUGUCUUUAUUUCUCAUGGGGAAAAUAAAAGGCAUCUACCUUAAGUUUAUCAGUCUUGGUUGUUAUUGAAAUGUUUAAUGCUUUAAAUGCCUUAUCUGAAGUAUAAUAAUAAUUUAUAAAUUAUAAUAGGAUAGUUCAUUAUUAAAAGUUGGAGUAUUUGCAAACCCAUACUUGAUAUUGGCCAUAUUUGGAUCCAUGACAUUACAUUGCAUGAUUUGUUAUGUUCCACUCUUUGAAAACAUCUUUAACACAGUUCCUUUGACUGCGCAAGACUGGUACUUUUGUUUAAUUAUCUUAGGAUCCUUGUAUUGUCUGUUUCUGCUCCAGUUGUAUUGGUUGAUGAAAUAUUAAAAGUAUUUUCAAGAAUAAGAAAUGCUAAAUUAUUAGAGCAAAGAAAGAAACUUGAUUGA